AUGGAGCUGGAAAAGGGCACCCUGAAUCCGGCCUUCCAGGACGUGGAAGGCGGCGAGCAAAUGGAGAACAGCAGCACUAUGAUAGAACCAGGGGAGAAGGUGGUGCCAGAGUCCCUCAAGGAGAGCUUUGAACCGGUGGAGGAGUACACCCAGAUCAAGCCGUACGCCGGCAUGCCCAAGGAGGUGCUGCUCCUCUACUCCUCCCAGGCCUGCUACAGAAUACCGAGAGAGAUCCUGUUCUGGCUGACAAUAGCCUGCACGCUGGCACUGUUGGCGCUCACUAUCACCGUGGUGGCGCUGUCCCCACGUUGCCUCAGUUGGUGGCAGGUGUCCCCCGUCUACCAGGUCUACCCACGCUCCUUCCGAGACUCGGACGGAGACGGCGUCGGAGACCUCAAAGGCAUUCAGGAGAAGCUGGGUCAUUUCGAGUACCUGAACGUCAAGUCGGUCUGCGUCGCCCCCUUCUACCGCUCUCCCAUGAAAGACUUCGGCUACGACGUGGAAGAUUACCGCGCCAUCGACCCUCUUUUUGGGACCAUGCGGGACUUUGAGGACCUCUUGGCUGAAAUGCACAAAUUAGGUUUGAAGCUGAUUAUGGAUUUCAUCCCCAAUCACACCAGCGACAAACACCGCUGGUUCAACCUGAGCCGCGCCAGAGAUCCACACUAUGAGGACUACUACGUCUGGGCUGACUGCAAUGCCACCAGACCCAAGCCCAACAACUGGGUGAGCGAGUUUGGGAACUCGUCGUGGACAUACGACGAAGUUCGAGGACAGUGUUACCUGCACCAGUUCCUCAAGGAACAACCCGACCUGAACUUGAGGAACCUUCAUGUCCGCCAAGAGAUGCUUGAUAUCAUGAGUUUCUGGCUGGAGAAGGGGGUGGACGGCUUCCGAAUGGGUGCGGUCAAGCGCCUCCUGGAGGCCGCACAUCUGAGGGAUGAACCCCAGGUGGACCCACACCAGCCGCCUGAGUUGGUGACCUCGGAGUGGGAGCUCCACCAUGACUACACCACCACUCAGCUGGGCCUGCAUGACCUGCUGAGGGAGUGGAGGGCUCACAUGGACGUCUACAGCCGGGAGCCUGGCAGAUACCGGCUGAUGGUGACCGAGUCCUACGAUGACCAGGAGGUGGACAAAACCAUGAUGUACUACGGCACACCUCAGGUGAAAGAGAGCGACUUUCCCUUCAACUUCUACCUCAUGGACCUGCCUGGCAACAGCAGCGGCGUGAGGCUCAAACAUCUGGUCCACCUCUGGAUGGGAAACAUGCCCGAAGGACGCUGGCCCAAUUGGAUGGUAGGGAACCACGACAAGCCUCGCAUCGCCUCCACCGCGGGUCAGAGCUACAUUGGCGUCAUCAACAUGCUCCUGCUGACACUUCCUGGCACGCCGACCACCUACUAUGGUGAGGAGAUCGGCAUGGAGAACAUCAACGUGACCCAGAGUCAGAUUCAAGACCCUGCAGGCAGAUACAAUGCGAGCGCCAGUAGAGACCCUCAGCGUUCUCCCAUGCAGUGGAGUUCUGCAUCCAACGCAGGCUUCACCAACAGAACCAACGCCACGUGGUUGCCCGUGCACCCCGACUACAGCAACGUCAACGUGGAGGACCAGAAGCAAGACGAAGGUUCGCUCCUGUCCCGGUACCGACUCCUGAACACGCUGCGUCAGUCGGAGCCGGCUCUUCAACGAGGCUGGUUCUGCUACGUCCACGCAGAUGACCACGUCUUCUCCUACAUCCGAGAACUGGACGGGCUGGACUGCGCCUUCCUCCUGGUGCUCAAUUUGGGCAAGGAGUCGGCCGUCACGGAUCUCUCCGCUGUCGGCGAGCUGCCCGAGCAGCUGGAGGUUCUGAUGAGCACCGACGUAGCCAACGACCGCAAAGCGGUGCACAAAUCUCAGAUCCAGACCCAGGCUGGAGAGGGUUUGCUGAUGCGGUUCUCGGCCCGCGCUCGGUUUAACACCAACCAUCCCAGCCAGUGUUACGUGUCUGAGAAGGCCUGUUAUUUAAGUGUCAUGGACAUUCUCUAUACCUGCUAACACCAUCUUCUAAUGUCAUUGUUUCAUGUCUGACUCAAUAAGAAAGCAUCACUGCAA